AUGGGUGGGCCGAUCUUUUCCAUCAAUGAUCUCGACAGCAUUGCGACGCCGUGCGACGUGUUCUUUUUCAGAACCAAGAAGGGCUCGGCCCUCAACGGCGUCAGCCCAAUGUUUAACAUUGACGGACUCCAUCAGCAUGGAAUCGACUAUUUCAGGAUCGAGGCAUUCGUAGAUUGCGUUCUCCACACCAUCGAUCUCGGUGUGGUCCAAAAGUUCAACGGGUUGGUGAUCGUCAGUGCAUUGUUGAGGGACGUUUUUGAUAGCAGGGCUGAGAAUCUCCAUUCUCGCGUGCACACUGGGUUGAAGGUGAUCCGCAAGAGGUUGAAGGAUUACUACAAGCAGAAACGAACAGCUGACCCACAUAGGCCGCUAACAACCAUAAAGAAACUGACGGUGGGCAUGUUGGGCAGAUUUCGCAACCCGACCCUCAAGCUCAAGGGCGGCGAGGGCCGCGACCUCAUAGAUUUUUGCACGGGCCUGGCGAAUGAGUUUCCCGCGAAGUUGGGCGAGCGCGGUCGCCUGCUGGCGGCCGCAGGUGCAUCUUUGAAGGCUUUCUUGGACAUCCUGCGGCAAGAGCAGCGGGAUCUUGCGCCCGAGGCGCUGCAGGUUCGCAACCAGUUGAUGACCCACGCCAUUCGGUUCAACACGUGCUACAAGCUAGCUGGGGGCAAGAUGGUGUAUAAACACCAUGGGAUGGUGCACAUGGUUCACGCGAUGUCGUUGCAUGGAAAUGCAGCGUAUUAUAGCACUCACGAAGACGAGAGCGAAAACGGGGAAGUAGCGCAGAUUGCACAAGCUGCCCACAUGGCGAAGAUGGCGUUUACUGUGCUACAGAGGUGCGUCGUCGUAGAAACUCAUUUGCGGUAG